AAGUUACGUCAUCAGUGAAUAAAAUUUUCACGGUGGAGGAGAGAUAUCAACAGUGGAAUGUAACCGCGCACGAACAGGGGCAGAGUCUGUCAGCAAAAUCCGUCUCCAUCCUUAUGUUUUAGCCAAUAAUGACUCCCCAGAUACGGAGAGCAUAAACUACGCGUUUCACACUACCGGAUGAUAUCGAUAUUACAGCUCUUCGUUCCUCAGACAGAUAAAAAAGGGAUGGUGAAAUUUGGAUUGUCAAAGAAAGAACUGGGAUUUUGGGGGGGUGGGGGGGAGAGAGAUUGUGAAUUAAGGGGGUUGUAAACCAAUCAAAGACGGUGGAACAUUUGCCGACGUACCGUUGACAAAAGGCUUAAAGCUAAACAUUUAGGACAAGCAACGUUACUUACUCAGCCAGAAACGAAGCAAGAAACAUAACGUUAGCUAAUAGCGAAAUGGAGCUAAGAGUGGGGAACCGGUACAGGCUGGGCAGAAAAAUCGGAAGUGGAUCUUUUGGGGACAUUUAUUUAGGCACAGAUAUUUCGGUGGGUGAGGAGGUUGCAAUUAAGUUGGAAUGUGUGAAGACCAAACACCCCCAGCUCCACAUCGAGAGUAAGAUCUACAAGAUGAUGCAAGGAGGAGGUGAUGUAUCAGCUCACAUGCUGGAAUCCUCAUCUCUUGUUGGACUUCUGUUCUCCAUUUCCUAACACUUCCAGCUGCUACAUUGAAUCAACUCACAGCUUUAAAUAAAA